UAAAUCCAUGUUAUAGGUUAAAUAUGAGUGCACGGUGAAAACAAUUGUUCUUGUUCGAUUUAUAAAUAAAUUUUUGAGAAAGGAAGAUUUAGAGAGUACGUGAAUCGAUCGAUCGACUGAUUGAUUGAUCAAGAUGGGAGUACCAGCGUUUUUUCGGUGGUUGAGUCGGAAGUAUCCUUCCGUGAUAGUGGAAUGUAUCGAGCAAAAGCCGAUAACUACGAAUGGUGUACGAGUGCCAGUAAAUUCUGCGGAUCCCAAUCCAAAUGGAAUAGAAUUUGACAAUUUGUACCUUGAUAUGAAUGGCAUCAUACAUCCCUGUACCCAUCCGGAAGACAAACCAGCACCAAAAAAUGAGGAAGAAAUGAUGGAGGCCAUUUUUGAGUGCAUCGACCGUCUAUUUCGCAUUGUAAGACCAAGGAAAUUACUUUAUAUGGCAAUUGACGGAGUUGCACCCAGAGCAAAAAUGAACCAGCAAAGAUCAAGAAGGUUUAGAGCUUCGAAAGAAACGAACGAGAAGAUUAAUGAAAUAAAGAGAAUACGUUCUGAAUUAAUACUUAAAGGCGCCUCCUUGCCUCCAGAGAAACCGAAAGAAGACCAUUUCGACAGCAACUGUAUCACCCCUGGCACGCCAUUUAUGGCACGAUUAUCAAAGUGUCUGCAUUACUACAUACAUGACCGUUUAAACACUGAUCCUGGUUGGAGAAAUAUAAAAGUAAUUUUGAGUGACGCAAAUGUACCAGGCGAAGGAGAACAUAAAAUAAUGGAUUUUAUACGUAGACAGAGAGCACAACCGGAUCAUGAUCCCAAUACACAACACGUUUUAUGUGGGGCAGACGCUGAUUUAAUUAUGUUGGGUCUUGCGACGCACGAACCUAACUUCACAAUUAUUCGUGAAGAAUUUAAACCGAAUAAACCGAAACCGUGUGACAUAUGUGGUCAAUUGGGGCAUGAAAUGCAGGAGUGUACGGGUGCAGAGCAUAUUCCAAGAGACGAAGCUAAUGUCUUUGGAUCCGAAUGCCAGUACAUAUUUGUGCGGUUAAAUGUUCUCAGAGAAUAUUUAGAAAGAGAGUUGCAAAUGCCUAAUCUACCAUUUAAAUACGAUUUCGAACGAGUUAUCGAUGAUUGGGUGUUCAUGUGUUUCUUCGUAGGAAACGAUUUUCUUCCUCAUCUUCCGUCUUUGGAGAUUAGAGAAGGAGCAAUUGAUAGACUCGUUAACUUGUACAAAAAAGCAGUAUAUAAAACAGGAGGAUUUCUCACAGACAGUGGAGAUGUAAAUUUGGACAGAGUUCAGCUUAUAAUGUCCGAACUAGGCAGUGUCGAAGAUGAAAUUUUUAAGAAAAGACAGCAGAAUGAAUUAGCCUUCAAGCAACGCGAAAAGGAUAAAAAGAGGAGGUUACUGGGCGUCGGUAACAAUAAGCCAAAGUGGAUUCCUACAGGACAAUUUGCACCAACACGUAUUGGUGACCGCGUUAAUCCAGUAAAAAACGCACGUUAUGAAGCUUAUCAAAUGCGCGUUCAUGGCCAAAAUUAUCAUACAAGUGCAACGGGAAAUUCUAAAGAGAUGCUGGAAAGUAUGAUGCGACCUGAGUUGCAGAAUGAAACUAAUCAGGACCGUAAACGAAAAAGUGAAACGUUUGAAGAUGAGUCUGAUGACGAUCAAGCGCAUGAUGAAGUUCGAUUGUGGGAGGACGGUUUUAAGGAUCGUUAUUACGAAUCGAAAUUCGAUGUAUCUCCUGAUAAUUUGGCGUUUAGAAAUAACGUAGCGUUACAGUAUGUACGCGGUUUAUGUUGGGUUUUACGAUAUUACUACCAAGGUUGUGCGUCAUGGAAAUGGUAUUUUCCAUAUCAUUAUGCACCAUUUGCUAGUGAUUUCAUCAACAUCGGUGGUCUUUCCACUGAAUUUGAGAAAGGAACUAUACCAUUUCGUCCGUUAGAACAAUUGAUGGGUGUAUUUCCAGCAGCUAGCAGUAAACAUGUUCCUGAACCUUGGGCAAAAUUAAUGAGCGAUCCAAGAUCACCAAUUAUCGAUUUUUAUCCGGAAGAUUUUAAGAUUGAUUUAAACGGCAAAAAGUUUGCUUGGCAAGGAGUAGCUCUACUUCCUUUCGUGGACGAGAAACGGCUGUUCAAAGCAUUGGAGCCAUAUUACGAUUGCUUAACAGACGCAGAAAAAAAACGAAAUGUUCGAGGAGACGAUCGACUAUAUGUUGGACUCGGCAACAGUAACUACAAUUUUAUAAAGGAACUUUAUAUAAGCCACGUGCGAUUCGACAUAGAAACUUCGAUAUCCAUAGACGGCAUGCGAGGUACAGUAUUAUUGGCAGAAGAUUGUGUCGGAGAUGGGGCUACUUUACCCUCACCUAUAAACAGUCUACCAGUCAGGAAUAAUAAAGUAUAUUGCGUCAGAUUCAGAGAUCCAAAAUAUAACAGUAAUUUCAUUUUCCCCGCGAGGAAGUUGAAGGGCGCCAGAGAACCACCAAGAGUUUUGAAACCUCAAGACUUCGACCAAAUGAAUCGUAAUACUGGAAAUACUUGGAAACCGCAGAUUGGUUUUACUCCGUCUACGCAAGUAGCUUCGUUGAGUGAGGCAGGUCGAAGAAUACUUGGACAUUACACGAACCAUAACAGAGUACCGCCGUUGUACAAUCCCGUAUCGAUACCGCAGUCGCCUUAUCCAGCGUAUCACGGUUACCAGAGUACAGACUACCAAGGAGGAAGAUACGAGAGUGCAGGAUCUAGCCAGCUUCCAAUAACGCCUGGCCCAUGGGCGAGAGGGUACGGCCUGCCUCAUAAUUAUCAAUGUUACCCGGAGUACCAGCAAACGAAUAAUUACAGCGGCCAACAGUAUGGGCGAAACAAUUACCAGAAUCCGCAGUACAACAGCUACGGGUCGCAGUAUAAUCAGCAUCGGAACUAUUCUUCCAACUACCAGGGGAAUAGCGGGGGAAGUGGAGGAGCAAACAGGGGAGGAGGCUGGAGACGGUCGUCGUAGAUUUUUGUCCGACUAACGCCAUCGUGGAUCUGCAAUUUAAUUUUAUAAGGAAUUCCGCGUUCGAGUGAUUUCUGAAUUCACUCGGAAUCGUGGAACUAUGCUUAAGGGGCAAGGAUUUAUCUCACCGCGAGCGUCGUGGCGUACGUUGGUCUCAUUCCAGCACUCGUUUUUCACGAAAAGAUGAUUUGCUGCGUUUGAACUCAGCGGCACUGUCACUCGCCUGUAUAACAAAUAAUUGCAAUUUUCUUUUUUCUUUCUUCUUCUUUUAAUGGAAAGACGUAGGUUAGACGCAUAAUCUGAUCUGCGAUGGCGGCUAUUAUUCACAACUUAGCAACGUAAGAAACCUAUCAAGUGUAAUUUUAUAUGAAUUAACUCCAGUGCAAACACACAAAAGAAAAAGAAAGGAAUGUAUGAUAUCACGAUAAGGCGCUAGAAAGAUUGCCAUGACUUGGACUGUUGUGAAAGUUUUAAGUAGAAGUGGCAAUCUUUAGGCGAGUACAAUUUCUUUACCAAAAUUUCAUUGUACAAUCAAAAAUUCCAGCAAUUAUGUUAUGUGUAUCGUUGACUCGCGUGUUUAUUGUCGAUCAGCGCAGCUUGGUAUCGUUCUUUUCGUUUUCCCUUUUUCAUUUUGCGACAAAGUUCGUCGAUAUCGAUGAAUGAAUCAUAACACUGAUAAGUUACGAGUCUCUUAACUCUAGCAAGAGUUUUCUCAAGUUCCAAUGAAGAUUGCUCUUGUCACUAUCGAUACAGGAACUGUGAAUUAUACAGGCAUUCUGAAUUAUAACAACGCAACAAUAACUAUUGAUUGUAAUACAGAAUAUUUGACGAGACGAACAUUGCCUGCUUAUUUUCUUUUAGCUCUCGUCCUAAUCAAAAUAUUGAACAAACACCUUCACGAGCAAGAAAGUUAAAUCACAUUGAAGAGAUCGAGAAAUAUUUUUUUUCACGGGACAUGGGAUUUUGACGAGCGACGUCGUUUCGAAAAAAUUUUGAUUCUCUUCGUUUGACAGAUUACUUUCUGUACCGAGGCCGCAGCCUCGAUCGUUCGUACAUAUCGUUGGUGUAUAAUCAAGCGAGGAAAUCUGUAAAGCUUUUUCAUUACAACAACUUGCACGUUACACAAGGAGACUUUUAUAUUGUAUUCACUUGAAGAAAAAAAAAAAAAAAAAUAUAUAUAUAUAUACGAUUUA